AUGAUGCUCAUCACCAAAGUUUUGAAGAAAACUACCGGCGAAGACAAUGAAAGGACCGAAAUGUUUAUGACAGCAAACCGUACAGUUCGAACAGGGCUCACUGCAUCGGCAGUGAUAUCAUCUUGGCUCUGGUCAACUUCAUUAUUGGGAUCUUCAUUUGUCGGCUAUGACUAUGGUGUUGCGGGACCUUUCUGGUUUGCAGCAGGCUGUAGCCCUAUGAUUGUCUUCUUUGCCUUGUUGGGAAUCUCUUGCAAGCGAAAGAUUCCCGAGGCGCACACUUCACUUGAAGUUGUGAGGAUCCGAUAUGGACGAGUUGCCCAUGUUGUCUUUAUGAUUCUCUGUCUUGUGAACAAUAUUUUCGCUUGCGCCAACAUGUUACUCGGUGCAGCUGCAGUUAUCACUGCCGUUUUCCUCACUGAUUACUUCCACACGGCCAUUAUUAUGAUCAUUGCUUGUUAUUUCUCCGUCAAGGCCUUCUCAAACGACCAAAUUGGCUCCGUGGGCGAUCUUUUCGAGCUUCUUCAGGCAGCGGCACAGCGAAACCCAGUCUCUGGCAACCAGGACGGAUCCUAUCUGACGAUGACAUCCAAAAGUGCAAUCUUGUUUGGAAUUCUACACACACUCGGCAACUUCGGUCUGGUCAUUAUGGAUACAAGUUACUUCAUCAAAGCUUUCUCCGCCUCCCCUGCUGCUGUAGUACCCGGAUACACCAUCGGAGGAAUUGCUUACUUCGCCAUUCCCUGGGGCCUCGGAACAGUGAUGAGCUCUGUUGCCCUGGGCUUGGAGAACCAGCCCAAUUUCCCAACUUUCCCCAGAAGAAUGACUACAGAUGAGGUGAGCAACGGGCUCGUUCUCCCCUACGCUGCAAUCACACUCGCAGGAAAGGGAGGCGCGGCAGCUGUUCUUCUCAUGACUUUCAUGGCCUGCACGUCGACACUUUCCGCUCAAGUGAUUGCCGUCAGCUCUAUUCUGAGCUUUGAUGUCUAUCGCGAGUACUUCAAGAAGAAAGCUACAGACCUGGACUUGAUCCGGGUCAGCCAUUUUGGCGUGAUCUUCUUCGCUGCUUUCUCUGCUGGAUUCAGCACGAUGCUCCAUUACGUCGGGAUCAAUCUCGGCUGGACACUCUAUAUGCUCGGUGUUGUGACAUGCCCCGGCAUCUUCCCGAUGAUCUUCACUAUCCUCUGGCGCCGCCAGAGCAAAGCUGCUGCGAUCCUCUCGCCCGUUCUAGGACUUGCCACAGGCCUUGCUGUAUGGCUUGGUCUGGCAUCACGCUUUAGCGGCGAGGUCUCUGUUGCGUCGACUGGCGAGGUCCUCCCCUGUAUGUAUGGGACGGUCGCAUCGUGUUUGUCGCCGAUCUUGUACUCCGUUGUCAUCACGGCUAUCCGACCACAGAACUACAAUUGGGAUGAUUUCAAAAAGGAGAAGCUCUCGCUUGAGAAACUUGACAGUGAUCUGACGACUUCCCAUCAUCAUGAGGUCCCUGAGGGGAGUAUCGAGGAUGGUGGUCGUGUCUCCGGGCCUGAUCAAAAGGAAUUGAAGAGAUGGGCCACUAUUGCCGCUUUCUGGGCUGCUGCAACCUUUUUGGGUCACUGGGUUAUCUGGCCAUUGCCUAUGUAUGGGUGA